GAUCAGGGGUAACGAGAGCUGCUGUUUCAUAGUCGAAGAAGAGAAAUGCUUAGUUUUCCUUCAACUUUUAACUUUCCCUGCAGGUACCGCGUUCACUGUUUGUUUGUUUUCCUCGGUAUUUACGCGUUUUACGACCUACAGUUUGUUGGUAGCUGUUAAAUACAUUUCCUCAUUCAUUUGUUGCCUAUUCGUUCUUGUGGACAGCACUUCCUUGUAGAAAAUCAUGGCUGGUUCUGAGGCUUCAGACGACCAGAAAUUCUCCUUAUCUGAGGUGCUCGACCCUUUUAAGUUGUGUCUGUCGGAAAAUAAAGAGGUCUACCUUGAACACUACGUCGCUGGCUGGCGUGGACUUGUGAAGUUUCUGAACAGCCUGGGAAGCGUCUUUGGCUUCAUUUCAAAGGACGCUGCCAACAAGGUCCACAUCCUGGUGAACUACCUGAACGGGGAGAACGCAUCUCAGUAUGUCACAGUGCAGUCGAUGGUAAAAUACGAGCUAGAGAAUGAACUCGUGGACCUAACCAAGAGAGGCAGCCAUCCAGAGUCCGGCUGCCGCACUCUGCUCAGGCUCCACCGUGCACUCAGGUGGCUGGAGCUCUUCCUGGAGCGUCUUCGCACCGGCUCCGAGGACAGCAAGACAUCUGCCAUGUGUGCAGAGAGCUACAAUGAGUCCCUUGCCCAACACCACCCAUGGGUGGUCCGUAAGGCUGCAGGUAUGGCUUUCUGCGUGCUCCCUGGGCGCCCUGCUUUCUUAGAAGUGAUGAAUGUUGGUCCACCAGAGCAGGUCGUGGCCAUGCUGGGUGAGGCCCUGCCUCUUAUCUCUGAGGUGUACCAGAUCACAGAGGAUCUUUACGCUCAACGUAACCUGCUGGACUUACCGUGAAGAGGAAGAAGUGCUACAACUGUCACCUCAUACUUCAUGCUGCUGAAGGGCUGUUUGAGGCAGCUGCUACUCCGGUUUGGUGAUUCACGAGUUGUGUUACAGCCAAGUGUAAUUUCACUAAACACUAAACUCAAGCUACUGCAAACCAGUUUUUUUCAUAUACAAUGUAGCAUGUUUGUCUUUGUCCUGAUAUAAUCCGCCUUUGAACAAUCUUUUAAAUUUAGUAUUUUGUUGUAAGUUAAUUUGAUUUUAGUUUAAGUAAAUGAAGGGAACUACAGUUGGCCUUAGAAGUAUUUGCUCACUGCUAAAAGCUGUGGUUUUCAUACUUUAUUAAGCAAACGGACAAGAAAAACAAGUUGAUAUUUUUGAUUUGGAAGUACAGUGUUUAAAACUAGGGAAAGCCACAAUGAAUUUAUUGAUAAAGUAGAAAACACAAAAUAAUUGGUUCUCAGAUUGAAGAAUUUGUUGAUUUUUCUUGGUUGUACAGAAGAAACAAUUUAAUAUUUGGAGGUUUUUGUCUGAAAAAUCAAGACCGUUGUCGAGAUGUUGGACAUUUUUCACAGUGUUUUUUGAAGCUUUAUAGACCAAACAGUAAAUUGAGAAAUUAACAAAUUGGUUAUUUGGUAUCUCUCUGACAUCAGUCGUUGUCUUUAUGUAUCAGAAGAAAUGCUUGUAAUAUUGUAAUGUGGUCAUAAGUCCCUUAGGUCAUUACUGACAGAUUUCUCAUACAGUAGUAUUUUAAAACAUUGACAUGUUUAUGCACCUGUUACACAGGUGUAGACCAUAUUACCAUUGGGACAUAUUAGCACAUAUUUUACAAAUUAUGAUGGUUUUACAGUAAAAAUGCAGCUGAAAGACAACCAACAAACUGCCACCUCAAUGGCGGCCUUAAUCAUUGACCAAAAAAAGUACAAAACUGUGCCAAUAUUUAUGGUGGAAGUAGAAAACAAACUAACAUUAGUAUUGUUAUGAAUCUUUAAAUUUAUGCAAAAGCACAAAGUCACCAAACCACACACAGUGAACUUUCUGUUGUUUUGUUGUUCUAUUAGUGAAUAUUUGUUUUUAGGGAACAAAAAAAAAUCUUAGUUGUGGACUCUACUGUAUAUGAUCUAUGUAUGUAUACAUGACCAAAUAUGCUAUGUUUUUUGCUGAUGUACAGGUUUUAGGGCAUUUAUUAAUUAAAAUCCUUAAAUGCACUGAUCAUGGGUAACACUAAAGGAAGUGAUGUUCUACAAGAACGUGCUGUACUUUAUAUUAUAUAUAAUAUAUAUUACUGGUAAUUCAGAUAUGUCAUAAACAUGGAAACUUAAUAAAAAACUGGGUUGAUGAUCAUCUGAAA